AGGGUGUAUUUAGUAAAUUUAGGGUUGACUAAAGUUUAUCGUCUACCAUUGAACUUAAAGUCUCUACAAAGCCCAUCAUAUUUUCUGGGCCCUAGGCCGAAAGGCCCAUCCCUGGAAGGCUGGAAUUGAUCCUAGGCCCAUCAAAAAGCUGCCUCAAUUCUGGCGGGAGCAGAAGUGCGGCAGAACAGUCCCUUUCUCUACUGAAUUGCAAUCUGCAAUCCCUCCACGGCAACCUUAUUUUUCUGACGACGACUAGGUCUUACGACCUCAGACGCAGUUACUAAAUAUAUGAUCACAAUGGGUCUGCACUAUCUGAUCGCUUUCGAAAUCAAAGAAACAUUUCCACAGGAUUGUUAUUUAUUAUCAACGGACUCGGUUCAGCUGAAAUUUCAGAAUUUUCUCUUUGUUUUUUAAGUAAUUAGAUUUAGCAGGUGCGAUGAAGAGAAUAAAGAUGGAAUCCAACUGCCUAUGCAAAUCUGCAAUAUCCAUUAGCCAUUGUUUACUUUCUCAGCACGAUUUAGGUCACAUGGCUGCCGCCGCACAAGCCUUCUUGCAGAUGGUGUUUGGUCACUUUUCUUCACAAAUCAUAGUGAUGCUCGGGAAAGUAUUACUGAGUCUCUACCUCAUUCAGUUGAUGCAGGAAAAGGCUCUACUGCCACAUCUGCAGCAGCAUCCACAGGAGAAACAGGCAAUGCAACAGAGCCUGUUUGGCAGUCGCCCUGUGAUGAGAACCCUAGUAACAGAUUAUGGACAAGCGGAAUUUGCUGAGAAGUUGGUGGAACUCAUGCCUUCUGAGGCGUUGGCAAUGCAUGACUGUGGGUGCUACACUCCUCUCCACUAUGCUGCCAUGAGUGGAAACCUCAGGAUUGCUAAGGCAUUGGUGAGAAAAAACGCAGCUUUACCACAAAUUACAGACGCCGUAGGCUAUAAUCCUCUCUUGACGGCUACUUUUGUUGCCACUGAACAUAAAGAGUUGGUGUGGUUUCUUGCCAAGGUAACCACAGACGCACCUCCUAGCUGUCCCUUCACAGGUCGAUGGUCUGGUCGGCUCAUUUGCUACUUAACUCAUGCAGGAUUUCAUGAUAUAUCCUUGUUUCUCCUCCAGCGCUUCCCUGACUUGGCUACUGCAAAAGAACAAGAUGGUUUUACUUUACUCCAAGUGCUGGCAUUGGAGCCUUCAAACUUCCCAAGUGGAAGUAGGCUCAGUUUCUGGGAGAGAUGGAUAUACCAAAUUAUUCCUAUUGAAUUCAUCGCUAAAUUACAAGAUCCAGUGAAAAGAGAUAUCGAACAUCCCCUUCAAGACUCCAGGAAUUAUGCAGAAAUGCCAACCUCUAUGCAAUCCGGGACAUAUAUGACUCGAGUUCUCCGGCGGUUGAAGAUGCUUUUUUGGGAAGUCAUUGCGAAUUUUGCUCCUGGAAUUAAGCGAAUUCAAAAUGCAAAAUUGAGGCACAAAUAUGCUCUUGAAUUGGUACAUUUUGUUUGCAAACAAGUUUCAAAGAUGGGUAAUCUAGAGAGGGUUCAAUAUUUCUCUUCUCAUGGCAUCCUGGCUGUUGCGACAAUUUGUGGAGUAGUUGAAAUCGUUACUGUUUGUCUUCAGUAUUUUCCAGAAAUCUUGUGGCUUCCUAUCGACAACAAAACUAUAUUACAGCAUGCUAUUGCACACCGACAAGAAAAGAUUUUCAAUCUCUUGUUCGAGAGGAAUGCCAUCAAUAAGCAGCAAGCUUAUUCUUCCGAGUCAAAGGAAAAUAUCUUGAUUUUGGCAGCCAAGUUACCACCUCAUCCUCAACUCUCAAGUGUUUCAGGUCCAGCUCUACAAAUGCAGAGAGAGAUGCAGUGGUUUAAGACGGUGGAAAGCUUUAUUCACCCUGCUUUUAAGGAAUUGAGAUUAGAAGGAAAAACUGCUUGGCAUACGUUCCAAGACCAGCACCAAAAAUUGCUCAAAGAGGGACAACGAUGGAUGAAGGAUACUUCCAACUCUUGCAUGGUUGUUUCUACUCUCAUUGCUACGGUAGUGUUUGCUGCAGCGUUUACUGUACCCGGAGGCAAUAUCCAAGACAAAGGCAUUCCGAUUUUCUUAAAGCGAAACUCUUUUAAGGUGUUUGCUGUUUCGGAUGCAUUAGCUUUGUUUUCCUCUGCCACUUCCAUUCUGAUGUUCUUAUCCAUCCUCACUUCACGAUACGCGGAGGAGGAUUUUCUGGAGGCACUACCCAAGAGAUUGAUAAUAGGUCUUGCUUCUCUCUUUAUUGCCAUAGCUGCAAUGAUGGUUGCCUUUGGUGCGACACUCUCCCUUGUGUUGGGUGAGAGAUGGGAAUGGGUUCAUAUUCCAACUAUAUUGCUGGCUACAUUUCCAGUUGCAUUAUUUGCAAUGCUGCAACUUCCUUUGUUCUUCCGAAUGGUAAAAUCAACGUAUGGACCCAGCAUUUUUCGCCCUCAAAACAUCUGGCAAAAGGAUUUAUGUUACCAGGCCGCCGCCGCGGGCCUUCCGGCAGUGGCGGCUGCUGCUGCUGGAAAUAGUUAUUUCACUUGCAAUUCAAUGGCAACCACCUCAACCGAAAGCAAAGACCAUGUAAAACCAGCCCCGUUGGAUCUUGAUCCCUUGGUGCAUGCAGAAAGUGACAAUGUGCCAGAUGAGCAACAAAAAAUUUUAAACCAUACUUCUGAAGCACAUGCAGAGGGGGCAGAAAAAGGCUCUGCAACUACAUUUACAGCAACUGCAGUAACAGCCAAUGCAACAGAGCCCGUGUGGCAGCCGCCCUGUUAUGUGGAUCCUGCUAACAGAUUAUCGAUGGGAAUGAACUCCAAUUAUUAUCGACCCUUGUUCCUUGCUUCUCUUAAAGGAGACUGGGAUAGUGCUAGACGGUUUUUUGAGCGUGAUCCAGAUGCAGUGACUGCAAAGAUUUCAGUAUUGUCAAUGACAGCCUUGCAUGUUGCUGUUAGUAAUGAGCAAGCAGAAUUCGUUGAGAAGCUGGUGGAACUCAUGCCUUCUGAGGCCUUGGAUUGCCAAGGCAUUGGUGAGAAAAACCCAGCUUUACCACAAAUUACUGACAUGAAAGGCCAUACGCCUCUCCAGACUGCUACUGUUCUUGCUACCGAACACAAAGAGUUGAUUUGGUUUCUUGCUAAGGUAACCACAGACGCACCUCCUAGCCGUUCCUUCACAGGUCAAUGGGCUGGUCAGCUCAUUUGCUUCUUAACUCACGCAGGAUUUCAUGAUAUAUCCCUAUACCUCCUGUGGCACUACCCUCACUUGACGACCGCCAAAGAUUCAGACAAUUAUACUUUACUCCAGGUGCUGGCAUUGGGGCCUUCCAACUUCCUAAGUGGAAGUAGGUUCAGCUUCUGGGAGAGAUGGAUAUACCAAAUUGUCCCUGUCGAAUUUGUCUCUACAUCACAACAUCAUGUGAAAGGAGAUGUUGAAAAUCUCCCUCAAGAAUCUGGACAUUAUGCAGAAAUGCCAUCCUCAAUGCAACCAAGUACAUACAUGACGCAAGUGCUCCAGUGGUUUACAAUGCCAUUUUGGGUUGCCAUUGAGAAAUUGGCUCCCGGAAUUAAGAGAAUUCGAAAUAAAAAAUUGAGGCACAAAUAUGCCCUGCAAUUGGUAAAUUUCGUUUGUAAACAUGUUUCAAACAUGGGUAAUCAAGAGUUAUUCCAGUAUUUUUCUGGACAUGCCAUCUUGGUUGGUGCGACGAUUUGCGGAGUAGUUGAAAUUGUCACGGUGUGUCUUCAAUAUUUCCCUGAAUUGUUGUGGAUUCCAAUCGACAACAAAACUUUAAUGCAGUAUGCCAUUGAGCAUCGACAAGAAAAAAUUUUCAACCUUAUGUACGAGAGGAAUGCCAUCAAUAAGCAACUAGCUUAUACGUCAGAGUCGAAGACCAAUAUUUUGAUUAUGGCAGCCAAGCUACCACCUUAUCCGCAACUCUCCAGUGUUUCAGGUCCUGCUCUACAGAUGCAAAGAGAGAUGCAGUGGUUUAAGGCUGUGGAAAGCUUUAUUCACCCUGCUCUUAAAGAAUUGAGAUUUGAUGGAAAAACUGCUUGGCAUAUAUUCCAAGAUGAGCACAAAAAAAUGCUCGAGGAUGGACAGAAGUGGAUGAAGGAAACUUCCAACUCUUGCAUGCUUGUUGCCACUCUUAUUGCUACGGUAGUGUUUGCUGCAGCUUUUACUGUACCUGGAGGCAACAUUAACGACAAAGGCAUUCCGGUUUUCUUGAACCAAAAUUCAUUUAAGGUGUUUGCUGUUUGGGAUGCACUAGCUCUGUUUUCCUCCGUCACUGCCAUUUUGAUGUUUUUAUCCAUCCUCACUUCACGAUGUGCUGAGGAAGAUUUUCUGACGGCACUGUUGGAAAAUGAUGGUCAAUUAUAUUUUGACCAUUAUUAA